AUGCUGGCAACAGCAGCGCACGCUGGCAACAGCAGCGCACGCUGGCAACAGCAAGGCACGCUGGCAACAGCAGCGCAUGCUGGCAACAGCAGCGCAUGCUGGCAACAGCAGCGCACGCUGGCAACAGCAGCGCACGCUGGCAACAGCAACGCACGCUGGCAACAGCAACGCACGCUGGCAACAGCAGCGCAUGCUGGCAACAGCAGCGCACGCUGGCAACAGCAGCGCACGCUAGCAACAGCAACGCACGCUGGCAACAGCAACGCACGCUGGCAACAGCAGCGCAUGCUGGCAACAGUAGCGCACGCUGGCAACAGCAGCGCACGCUGGCAACAGCAACGCACGCUGGCAACAGCAACGCACGCUGGCAACAGCAACGCACGCUGGCAACAGCAACGCACGCUAGCAACAGCAACGCACGCUGGCAACAGCAGCGCACGCUGGCAACAGCAACGCACGCUGGCAACAGCAACGCACGCUGGCAACAGCAGCGCAUGCUGGCAACAGCAGCGCACGCUGGCAACAGCAGCGCACGCUGGCAACAGCAACGCACGCUGGCAACAGCAACGCACGCUGGCAACAGCAGCGCAUGCUGGCAACAGCAGCGCACGCUGGCAACAGCAGCGCACGCUGGCAACAGCAACGCACGCUGGCAACAGCAGCGCAUGCUGGCAACAGCAGCGCACGCUGCAGCGCACGCUGGCAACAGCAGCGCACGCUGGCAACAGCAACGCACGCUGGCAAGAGCAGCGCACGCUGGCAACAGCAGCGCAUGCUGGCAACAGCAGCGCACGCUGGCAACAGCAGCGCACGCUAGCAACAGAAACGCACGCUGGCAACAGCAGCGCACGCUGGCAACAGCAGCGCACGCUGACAACAGCAGCGCACGCUGGCAACAGCAGCGCACGCUGGCAACAGCAGCGCACGCUGGCAACAGCAGCGCACGCUGGCAACAGCAGCGCACGCUGGCAACAGCAACGCACGCUGGCAACAGCAGCGCACGCUGGCAACAGCAGCGCAUGCUGGCAACAGCAGCGCACGCUGGCAACAGCAGCGCACGCUAGCAACAGAAACGCACGCUGGCAACAGCAGCGCACGCUGACAACAGCAGCGCACGCUGGCAACAGCAGCGCACGCUGGCAACAGCAGCGCACGCUGGCAACAGCAGCGCACGCUGGCAACAGCAGCGCACGCUGGCAACAGAAGCGCAUGCUGGCAACAGCAGCGCACGCUGGCAACAGCAGCGCACGCUGGCAACAGCAGCGCACGCUAGCAACAGAAACGCACGCUGGCAACAGCAGCGCACGCUGGCAACAGCAGCGCACGCUGGCAACAGCAGCGCACGCUGGCAACAGCAACAACAGAAGAGCGCAGAAGCAUAACAAAGGAGCGCGCUGGUCGACUGGAACGCCAACGGAAAUAGCACCACCACACGAGGCCGCCGACCCGAGCUGCUCUCCUCCACCAGAAGCUCCACCACAAGCAGAAGCUCCACCACAAGCAGAAGCUCCACCACAAGCAGGAGCUCCACCACAAGCAGGAGCUCCACCACAAGCAGAAGCUCCACCACAAGCAGAAGCUCCACCACAAGCAGGAGCUCCACCACAAGCAGGAGCUCCACCACAAGCAGGAGCUCCACCACAAGCAGGAGCACCACAAGCAGAAGCUCCACCACAAGCAGGAGCUCCACCACAAGCAGAAGCUCCACCACAAGCAGGAGCUCCACCACAAGCAGGAGCUCACCACAAGCAGGAGCUCCACCACAAGCAGGAGCACCACAAGCAGAAGCUCCACCACAAGCAGGAGCUCCACCACAAGCAGGAGCUCCACCACAAGCAGGAGCUCCACCACAAGCAGGAGCACCACCACAAGCAGGAGCACCACAAGCAGAAGCUCCACCACAAGCAGGAGCUCCACCACAAGCAGGAGCUCCACCACAAGCAGGGAGCUCCACCACAAGCAGGAGCUCCACCACAAGCAGGAGCUCCACCACAAGCAGGAGCUCCACCACAAGCAGGAGCUCCACCACAAGCAGGAGCACCACCACAAGCAGGAGCUCCACCACAAGCAGAAGCUCCACCACAAGCAGGAGCUCCACCACAAGCAGGAGCUCCACCACAAGCAGAAGCUCCACCACAAGCAGGAGCUCCACCACAAGCAGGAGCUCCACCACAAGCAGGAGCACCACCACAAGCAGGAGCACCACCACAAGCAGGAGCUCCACCACAAGCAGGAGCUCCACCACAAGCAGGAGCUCCACCACAAGCAGGAGCUCCACCACAAGCAGGAGCUCCACCACAAGCAGAAGCUCCACCACAAGCAGGAGCACCACCACAAGCAGGAGCUCCACCACAAGCAGCAGCAUCAUGCUGCUGCUGA